AUGGAAAAGGACGAGAAGCUGCCACCGGCCGGGGCGCCGCAGCCGCAGCCACAGCCGCCUCUUGGCGACGACGCCGCCAAGCACAUGGACGCAUCCGAUCUGACCCUCGACUCGGAUCUCGAGACCGCCGUCGAGGGCGUCACGCCCGCCUCCCGGGAUGAUGAGCGCAAGUACCUGGCCGGCGUCCAGAUGUGGCUGGUCAUGAGCUCGCUCAUCACCGCCAGCUUCCUGGUCCUGCUCGACAAUGCCAUUGUCGCGACGGCAAUCCCCAAAAUCACCUCUCAAUUCCACUCCCUCGAGGACAUUAGCUGGUAUGGCUCUGCCUUUCAGCUGGCCAGCGCGGCCAUCCAGCCGCUCGUCGGCAAGAUAUACACCCAGUUCCGCCUCAAGCAUGUCUACCUCGCCUUCUUCUUCAUCUUCGAGCUCGGCUCCCUCAUCUGCGGCGUCGCCACCUCCUCCACCAUGCUCAUCGUCGGCCGCGCCGUCGCCGGCAUCGGCGUCGCGGGCGUCUUUGCCGGCGCCCUCAUCAUCAUCGGCGUCGCCGUGAGGCCGGAGCAGAGAGCUUUCUUGACCGGUAUCUGCAUUGGCUGCGCUCAGCUGGGCAUCGUCAUCGGACCCCUGAUCGGCGGCGCGCUCACCGAAAAGGUGUCUUGGCGAUGGUGCUUCUACAUCAACCUCCCCCUCGGCGCCAUCGUCCUCGGCGGCACCCUCUUCGUCACCAUCGCCGACCAGACCACCAUCCGCCCCGUCCGCGACGUCCUGCCCACCCUCCACCGCAGCCUCGACCUCGUCGGCUUCCUCCUCCUCUCCCCCUCGGCCGUCAUGCUGCUCCUCGCCCUGCAGUGGGGCGGCAGCGUCCACGCCUGGUCCAGCGCCACCAUCAUCGGCCUCUUCUGCGGCGCGGGCGUCCUCUUCCUCGUCUUCGUCGCCUGGGAGUGGCGCAAGGGGCCCGACGCCCUCAUCCCCACCCCCGUCGUCCGCAACCGCGUCGUCGUCGCCGCCUGCCUCGUCGCCAUGACUGUCAUGGGCGCCACGUUCCUCACCUCGUACUGGAUGCCCGUCUACUUCCAGACGGUGCGGGGCAAGUCCCCCCUCACCAGCGGCGUGUACAUGCUGCCCAACAUUCUGCCCUCGCUCGUGUUUGGCGUCCUCACGGGCUUUCUGAUCGGCAAGGUCGGCUACUACCUCCCCUUCGCCGUCGCCGGCGGCGCCCUCACUUCCGUCGCCACCGGCCUCCUCUCGACGCUCCGCCCCGACUCCUCCACCGGCCACUGGGUCGGCUUCCAGGUCCUCCUCGGCGCCGCCCGCGGCCUCGUCCAGCAGACGAGCUUCAUCGCCAUCCCGCACGCCACCACCCCCGCCCUCGUCCCCACCGCCAUGUCCAUGUCCAUCUUCUGCCAGUACAUGGGCGGCGCCGUCUUCCUCUCCCUCGCAAACGUCAUCUUCAGCUCCAGCCUGCGCUCCGAGCUUCCCAUCGAGGCCCCCGGCGUCGACCCCCGCCUCAUCGUCGAGGCCGGCGCCUACGCCGUCCGCGACGUCGGCAUCCCCGCCGAACUGCUGCCGGGCGUGCUGCGCGCGUACUGCACCAGCGUUAACCGCGUCUUCUACCUCGCCUCGGCCGUGUCCGUGCUGCUGUUCGUGACGGCCUGUUGCUCCGGCUGGGUCGACACCCGCAAGAAGAACGAGGCCAAUGACGGCAGCGGCAGCGGCAGCGGCAGCGGCAGCGGCGAGUCGUCCGAGGGGCAGUCUGUAUCGGAAAAGACGGAAGCCAAGAACGGAUUGUAA